CUUUGGCUCGGUGGGUACUGUAGCGGAGGCUUGUCAUUCUGACUCGGGGAGUCUUCAGAGCGUCUGGCAGAUGGAGACUCGCUCUGUUGCCCAGCUUGGAGUGCAGUGGUGUGAUCUCGGCUCAAUGCAACCUCCACCUCCUGGUUUCAAGUGAUUCUCCUGUCUCAGCCUCCCAAGUAGCUGGGACUACAGUAGAGACGGAGUUUCACCGUGUUAGCCAAGAUGGUCUCGAUCUCCUGACCUCGUGAUCCACCCACCUCGGCCUACCAAAGUGCUGGGAUUACAGGCGUGAGCCACUGCACCCGGCCCACCCAACUAAUUUUUGUAUUUCUAGUAGAGAUGGCGUUUCACCAUGGUGGCCAGAAAUGUCUAAUGCAAAAGAAAGAAAACAUGCCAAGAAAAUGAGAAACCAGCCCACCAAUGUGACUCUGUCCUCUGGCUUUGUGGCUGACAGAGGCGUAAAGCACCACAAUGGAGGUGAAAAACCUUUCCAAGCUCAAAAACAAGAGCCUCAUCCUGGAACUUCACGACAGCGGCAAACCAGAGUCAACCCCCAUUCUCUGCCUGACCCUGAAGUGAAUGAGCAGUCUUCCUCCAAAGGGAUGUUUAGAAAAAAGGGAGGAUGGAAAGCAGGUCCCGAGGGCACGUCUCAGGAGAUCCCCAAGUAUAUAACUGCUUCUACUUUUGCUCAAGCACGAGCUGCUGAAAUCAGCGCUAUGUUAAAAGCUGUGACCCAGACGUCUUCGAAUUCACUGGUUUUUCAGACUCUGCCACGGCACAUGCGACGAAGAGCCAUGAGCCACAACGUCAAACGCCUUCCCAGACGGUUACAGGAGAUUGCCCAGAAAGAGGUGGAGAAAGCCGUACAUCAGAAAAAAGAACAUUCAAAAAAUAAAUGCCAUAAAGCUCGAAGAUGUCACAUGAACCGGACGCUAGAAUUUAACCGUAGACAAAAGAAGAACAUUUGGUUAGAAACUCACAUCUGGCAUGCCAAGCGGUUUCACAUGGUCAAGAAGUGGGGCUACUGCCUUGGGGAGAGGCCAACAGUGAAGAGCCACAGAGCCUGCUAUCGAGCCAUGACGAACCGGUGCCUCCUGCAGGAUUUAUCCUAUUACUGUUGUUUGGAGUUAAAAGGCAAAGAGGAAGAAAUACUAAAGGCACUUUCUGGAAUGUGUAGCAUAGACACAGGGCUGACGUUUGCAGCAGUUCACUGCUUGUCUGGAAAGCGCCAAGGGAGCAUUGUGCUUUAUCGGGCGAAUAAAUAUCCCAGAGAAGUGCUUGGGCCUGUUACGUUUAUCUGGAAGUCCCAGAGGACCCUGGGUGACACUUCUGAGAGCAGGCAGCUGUGGAUCUGGCUACAUCCAACCCUUAAACAGGAUAUCUUAGAGGAAAUAAAAGCAGCAUGCCAGUGCGUGGAACCCAUCAAAUCAGCUGUCUGCAUCGCUGACCUACUUCCGACACCAUCCCAAGAAAAAAGCCAAACUGAAUUGCCUGAUGAGAAAAUUGGCAAGAAAAGAAAAAGGAAAGAUGAUGGAGAAAAUGCUAAACCAAUUAAAAAAAUUAUCGGUGAUGGAACUAGAGAUCUGUGUCUACCAUACUCUUGGAUCUCUCCAACCACAGGCAUUAUAAUCAGCGAUUUGACGAUGGAGAUGAACAGAUUCCGGCUGAUUGGGCCACUUUCCCACUCCAUCCUAACUGAAGCAAUAAAAGCUGCUUCUGUCCACACUGUAAGGGUGGGAGAGGACACAGAGGAGACACCUCACCGCUGGUGGAUAGAAACCUGUAAGAAACCUGACAGCGUUUCCCUUCAUUGCAGACAAGAAGCCAUUUUCGAGUUGUUGGGAGGAAUAACAUCACCAGCAGAAAUUCCGGCAGGUACUAUUCUGGGACUGACAGUUGGGGAUCCUCGAAUAAAUUUGCCCCAAAAGAAGUCUAAAGCUUUGCCCAAUCCAGAAAAAUGCCAAGAUAAUGAGAAAGUUAGACAGCUGCUUCUGGAGGGUGUGCCUGUGGAAUGUACGCAUAGCUUUAUCUGGAACCAAGAUAUCUGUAAGAGUGUCACAGAGAAUAAAAUCUCGGAUCAGGAUUUAAACCGGAUGAGGAGUGAAUUGCUGGUGCCUGGGUCACAGCUUAUUUUAGGUCCCCAUGAAUCCAAGAUACCUAUACUUUUGAUUCAGCAGCCAGGAAAAGUGACUGGUGAAGACCGACUAGGCUGGGGAAGUGGCUGGGAUGUCCUACUCCCAAAGGGCUGGGGCAUGGCUUUCUGGAUUCCAUUUAUUUAUCGAGGUGUGAGAGUCGGAGGGUUGAAAGAGUCUGCAGUGCAUUCUCAGUAUAAGAGGUCUCCUAAUGUCCCAGGCGAUUUUCCAGACUGCCCUGCCGGGAUGCUGUUUGCGGAAGAGCAAGCUAAGAAUCUUCUUGAAAAGUACAAAAGACGCCCUCCUGCAAAACGGCCCAACUACGUUAAGCUUGGCACUCUGGCACCUUUCUGCUGUCCCUGGGAGCAGUUAACUCAAGACUGGGAGUCUAGAGGCCAGGCCCACGAAGAACCUUCUGUAGCUUCAUCUCCAAAUGGUAAGGAGAGUAACCUAAGAAGAUCUGAGGUGCCUCGUGCUCCUAUGCCUAAAAAAACUCAUCAGCCAUCUGAUGAAGUGGGCACAUCCAUAGAGCACCCCAGGGAGGCAGAGGAGGUAAUGGAUGCAGGGUGUCAAGAAUCGGCAGGGCCUGAGAGCAUCACAGACCAGGAGGCCAGUGAAAACCAUGUUGCUGCCAUGGGGAGUCAACUCUGCGUUCUCAGGAGUAGAAAAUUACUGAAGCAACUGUCAGCCUGGUGUGGGCCCAGUUCUGAGGACAGUCGGGGAGCCCGGCGAGCUCCUGGCAGAGGCCAGCAAGGACUGACCAGAGAGGCCUGCCUGUCCAUCUUGGGCCACUUCCCCAGGGCCCUGGUUUGGGUCAGCCUGUCCCUGCUCAGCAAGGGCAGCCCCGAGCCUCACACCAUGAUCUGCGUCCCAGCCAAGGAGGACGUCCUCCAGCUCCGUGAGGACUGGCAUUACUGUGGGCCCCAGGAAUCCAAACACAGUGACCCAUUCAGGAGCCAGAUCCUGAAACAGAAAGAGAAGAAGAAAAGGGAGAAGAGGCAGAAGCUGGGACUUGCCUCUUCUGAUGGCCCAGCGGGGGAAGAGCCCGUGGCUGGGCAGGAAGCUCUGACUCUGGGGCUGUGGUCAGGCCCUCUGCCGUGUGUGACGUUGCACUGCUCCAGAACUCUCCUAGGCUUUGUGACUCAGGGAGAUUUUUCCAUGGCUGUUGGCUGUGGAGAAGCCCUGGGAUUUGUUAGCUUGACAGGCUUGCUGGAUAUGCUGUCCAGCCAGCCGGCAGCGCAGAGGGGCUUAGUGCUACUGAGGCCUCCCGCCUCUCUGCAGUAUCGAUUUGCGAGGAUUGCUAUUGAGGUGUGAAUGCAUGCUUAUAUCCCAGCAGGGCAUAGAUAAUACGUUAUUAUUGUCUGCCAAGUUCCACAUGUGGAGAAUCUGCUUCUGCUUUAAAAUAUCAUGUGAAACUCCUUGGAAACAAGAAUAAAAAAUUAUGUAUUAUGCAGAUGAUGAAAUGUUCACAUCAUUCCAGUAAUGUCAUUGAUUUUCAUCUUUCCCUGUCCUUGCUGUAAUAUUUUUAAAUUAUUUGGCCAAAAGCUUUGUGUUAUGAUCUCUUGGUCUGUGUAGUUGUGGCUGAAAAUAAUUAGAAGCUCUACGAGUUAUCAUCCUCUUUUUUUGUUAGAAACAAAGGGCUUGUCAGGUCUAUUUGAAAAACCUCGUAGUCAUGUGAUAAGCAACAAUAGUAUGUUUAAUGAUUUCACUGUUAUAGCAGAAGACAAGACAAGACGCUUGGUCUCUGUACAUGAAAUAUGGGCUCCUGAUGGACCACAUUCAAUUCUGUACUGUGAUUACCAUGCCGAACAACUCAAGCCUUAAAGAGAUAAAUCAUGGACAACUGAUUGCUGCCUGUUUUCAGGCAGGCACAGUUUAUGGUGUCAGUGCUAGGCUGGAAUUAGAAAGGGGGGGUCUAUGACGUGGACUUCUUGACUCUUUGAUCUCUUUGUUGUUGACCUACAAAGUUACUUAAUUUUUUUAAGUAAAAAAUUAUUAUUUUGUUUCUGCAAAGAAUUUCUCAAAGCCAUAGAGGAGCAUUUCUCAGAAUACGUUCUAUGAUAUGUGUCACCUAAAAACAUAAGAGAUUCCAAGGUCAGGUUGAUAUGGAAACUCUGGGUUAAAUAAAGUUAAGCAUUUCUUUAUGAAAGGACUUCUGGAAACUUCCAUGUGAUAAUGUGCAUUGCAGAUCUCUAGGAAGGAAAUGAUAGUGUAUAGUAUUUUCUAAAUACUUGUGAUUCCUAAAGUUCUCUUACAAGGAGCCCUUUGUAGGACCCGUGUUCUUAGGAGCACGCUUUGGGCAGUGUGGCUGUGUAGUGCAUAGCUACCUCUGCAAGGUGAUAACUAAGCCAGCAAGCUGCCUUUCAACACUCAUGCAGUCACGUUGUCCACCUGAGAUUCUCAACAGGGUAUAAAAGGAAGGUCUCAUCUUGCCCCACAGGAAGAGUGGGGCUCAGUGUGGCUUUUUUCCACGUAUGGAGAAACGCAGUGCUCAUCUACUUUUAGUUGCCACAUAUGGCUCACUCAUAGACUUGGUCCUUACCUUUCCUGCUGUAACUUUCUAGAAGAGCUUAAGUGGGAUUUUUUUUUCUAAAAAAUGUAAAUGUGCAGUUAGGCAUUAUUUUAUGUAAAUGCAUUGGGUUUUUACUGUAGCGUUUGGCAGUAAUUGGCUUUGGGGGUGAUGAGGUGGGGAAGGAUAUGGCAGGUGGUACAGUAGUCAGGAAGUACCUGCCACCAAUGAGAUGUCUGAUGCUUUGCCUCUCACCAUGCCUCUGAAUGUCUUUGGAUCCAACCCAGAUGAGACCGAAAAAAAAACAGUGUAACUAAGUGGCAUCUGUAAACAGAAUAAAUGAAAAUGUCACCUGA